GCGCGGCGCGGGCUGGCGGGGGCCCACUGCCUCGCUGGUGGGGGCGGGGCUCAUCGGGGCUGGCCGCGCCGCCGCCGCGCCGCUCCAGCUGCCGCCGCACUACGCGCCCGCCGCGGCGCCCUACGACCUGCUGAGCCGGCGCCAGCAUCACCCCGACAUGCUGCGCUCCGUCAGCUCGCCGCAUGACCUGGGGACCGCAGUCCGGCGCCACGGCCACGGCGCCCUGUGCGCGUCCGACCUGUCGCUCUACGGGUCGUCGAACGCGCUGCACCACCAGCACCAGCUCCUGCACCAGCUGCAGCACCAGCUGCACAAGCUGCAGCGGCAGCAGCUAAAGCAGAUGUCGCUGCCCGCCAGCGCGUCCAACUCCCCCAGUCUCCAGAAGGUGCGCGUGUCCUCGAGGGCCUCCGCGGGCAGCCCCUGGCGCUCGCCGGUAGGGUCGCCGCAGUCCCCGGAGCCGCGCCAGCAGCAGUCCCCGUCCUCACCCACGACCCCGGCGUCGCCCUCCCCGGCGCCCACGAUCCUGGCGGCCGGCGUGGUCGUCCCCGUCGGCAGCCAGGUGUCGCUGGGCACCCGAGCCGCGGCCGGGGCCGGGGCUGCGCAGUGCCAGUGCGUGUGCCACCACUGCGGCGAGCAGUCCAAGCGCCCCGGCCACCAGGGCAGCGACCACGGCUCGCUCUACGACGACGGAAGGCCCAUGACGCCCGAGGGACUGUCCUGGCGCAGGCUGCACAUGAGCCGCGCCAAGCUGAAGGCCACGGCGACCACCUCAGAGCUGCUGUCAGGUUUCGCUAUGGUGGCGAUGGUCGAGCUGCAGAUCAACGAGCCAACACAGGUUCCCGAGUGGCUUUUCGUACUCUUCGCCGUGUGCACCACGGUGCUGGUCGCUGUGCAUAUCUUCGCGCUCAUGAUCAGCACGUACCUGUUGCCUAACAUUGACGCCAUCAGCAAGCUACAGGUGUCCGGUCUGGUGAGCGAGAGUCCCCACGAGCGCAUGCGCGGCUUUGUGGAGCUGGCGUGGGCCUUUUCCACGGUGCUGGGGCUGUUCCUGUUCCUAGUCGAGGUGGCCAUUCUGUGCUGGGUCAAGUUCUGGGACUACUCGUUCACGGCGGCCAUCGCCGCCACCGUCAUCGUCAUCCCGGUGCUCAUCGUAUUCGUCGUGUUCGUGGUGCACUUCUAUCACAGCCUCGUGGUGUACAAGUGCGACGCGUCACUCAGUGACAUGGAACAGCUUGAAGCCACCCUCAAGAAGUUGGACAAGGGGAGUCCCGUUUGAGCCCCGCUGUCUCGCACUCCUACCUAGAGUCCCCUCUCCUCUGAGAGUCUCCCCCUCCUCGAGCCACUUGGACACGUUCCGCUGCGUGCUUGGUCCCCAUCCAUGGUCUCUCCUACCUACAGGCAGCGCAGCGCACGGUUAUAAGUACUAUUGUUCCCCCGUCAGUGAUAGGGAGACUUUCCAACAUUUGAGUGUGAUUUUUCAAGUAUUAUUCAUGCGAUUAAGACUGAAAUCUCUUCCUCUUACUGGCUGGGCGCUAUCAUCGCCUCGUGUAUGAAAAUACUUAGCCAGUUAUUAUUUGUGAUAUCAAUUUGUAUGUUAAGAUGAUUUUUAAAA